AUUAAUAUUGAAUUGACCAAGAAGACCAUAUCUGGCAACAUUGUAAUUUAAGAUUUAACAGUUAAAAUAUCUUCAUAUUCUUCAUAAAUGGAAUUGUAUACAUUUCUUUAAAAUUAUGCAAAUGUUUAAUUGCAAUUUAGCAGCUAAUACUGAAAAUUUGCAUAAAGUAGAAUGUUUAACUUGAAUACGUGGGAAUGUAAUUUACUUUGAAGAUUGCAGGUUAGGAAUGUAGACUUUUGUUAUGUGCGGAACACUUCAUCAUGUAAUGGUUUAUGAAGAGCAAUGGCAGAGUUUUUGCCGCUAUGCGAUCUUCUUUUUAAUGUUGUAUCUCUGGCGGCUUAUUUCUGUGAUAUAGUAUUUGACCUAUUGACGAUAUACGCUUUAUAUGAAAGAGGAAUGCAGCUAUUAUUUGCCCAAUGUUUAACCGCUGUGUUGCUCACAACUGUAGUGAUGCAAAUUUUCUCUCUUCAUUGGUAUUUGAAAACGAAACCCUCACUUCAAACAAGUAUUUUAGUUACGAUGUUACAUAUUGGGCAGCUUGGUGUACUGUGGAGGUAUGCACGGUUGCUGCUACCUGUUCAAUUAUGCAGUGUUAAACAUGAAGUUCGAGAUUUGUGUGUGUUGCGUCUUAUACAUGGGUUUUUACAAGCAGCCCCAAUGCUAUUGUUUCAACUGAGCCUAUUACCUGCCACCAGUGAGGGACCUCCCUCGGAUUUAGUGACAGUUUCAGCAGCACUAUCGCUAUUUUCCAUUUGUUGGGCAUUGGCAUCCUUCAGUAAGCAUAUUCAGGAUGUGGACAAACUGGUAUUAACUUGGUUGGGAGUGGUAUCACAAUUGCUUUGGCGUGCCGGAACGGUCACUUCACGUGCUUUGGCUUUAUCUGCAUAUGCUGCCUGUUAUCAUUCGUGGAUAAUCUUAGUAUUUGCCUUACAUUGGAUGUGUAUGUUCCUAUGGCUCUUGUCACCUCGGAGUGGACUGCAAGGUCAGCAAAGAAACCGAAUGGGAAUCUAUGUAAUAAUUGCGGCCAUGUAUAUCCUCGCUUAUAUCAACUUGCAAGACCAACCGCAUCGCCGUACCAUGUCAAUAUUUUACAUUGUGAUGCUACUAGAAAAUUGUCUACUUGUCGGAGCCUGGCUUGCAGCAGUUUGGCAAGUGCGACCCACCUACUGGCAGUUAGUACCAAUUUUAACUAUUGUUCUUUUUGGAUUAGGAAUUCUCUUUAUGUUGCUCUAUUAUCGAUACUUUCACAUUCAUCGAUUGCUAGACAAACCUGCUGCUCCACCUGGAGUCUUUAAUUGUCGAUUUAGCAACCCAUCUGCCGACUUAUACCGAAAGAAAAAGAAACCUACAACAUUUGUACCUCCACCAGCCAUCGGUUCGGUAUCCGUACCAUUUUGGAGAAGGCCAUUGCCUUCGUCAAGUGAAAAUGAAGGCAGCAGUGUUGGUUCAAGAGUAAAUAUUCACCAAAAACUACAAGAAAAGAAGCAAAAGCAGUUGGCAGAAUUGAAAAUAAUAGAGGAAGAAAUAAAACAAGGUAAACUGGUUGGACCUGUAAAUGCCAACCCAGAUGACAGGCAACCGAUACCACGAACCAAACGUCACAUCGAACCACAACUGUUAAGUUUAGCGUCGCUCAACAAUUUAGCGAGUUAUGGAGUCAAUUUAAACCGCCGUCCCCCACCACGUGCCCCUCGCAGCCAUACCCCCGAAUUACUUUUAACACCACGUUAUUUAUAUUGUGAUUGUACAAUACCUGAACCGGAACCUACCGAGAUACCUGGAUCUCAUGCGCAGUCUGAUCUUGAAAGUCAAUUAUCGUUACCUCGUUCGUACACACUGCCAAGAGAGUUUAAGUACUAUCGUCGUAGUAGAUCGAGAAAACCAUUACGAACUGUUGCCUCAACUAAUAGCAGUGAUGGUGAUGUGGAUUCCGCUGAUGAAGAAUCUGACUAUAACGCUCCACCAUUACCUUUAAGACAAAUACAUUGCCAUUUUAGACAUGAAACUAAGUUAUAAUUAAAGUGUAUUAUAUUUUUGUAAUUUUUACAUAUUUUUAAUGUAUUUAUUUUUAUAUUUUUAUAUUGAUUGAUGCAUAUGUUAUUAAAAAGUAACAUACUUUA